UAUUAUUAAAACUUUCCUUCUUUUUAUAACAUCUAAUGUCUCGACAUCAAACAGUCUCCGAAACAAAGCUUCGAAAGAUCCUUGAAUUAAAUAGUAGAUUAAAACAACAACUUGAUAUUCCCAGAAUACCCGUUUCUGAAGCCAGUCGAUCUUUGAUCGAUUAUUGUCAAUCCACCAGUGAUUUGAUGCUACCAAGUAUCUGGGGAAACAGACAUCCAGAUCCAUUUGCUGAACCUGCCAACGGCUGUGGAGGUUCUUGCCAAAUCAUGUAAAUAAUGCACUCUUUAUGUUUUAUUAAUCGCCCCCAUACAAAUACAUACUACACGCAAUUUUAUACCCUUCUCCUCUUUCUCUCUCUAUCUCUUUUCUCCCUUUCCUAUAUCUCUUUUAUUGCGAUUUAUACACCUCCCUCUCUUCUCCUCCCUUUUUUUUUUCUUAUACAACUUUAUAAUAAAAAUUUCCCUAAUCCUUCUCCAGUUUUUUUUUUGAUGGGGGAGAAGGCUGAUGUCAGUAAAAUUUUUGUGUUUCCCUUGGAGUUACCCGAGACUUACUAAAUAUGUGGAGAACUGCCUUUUUAUUAAAAAAUACUUGACAGUUCAUGUUUGGUUGCCA